GCCAAGCGCCGCAUCGACGAGAUCAACAAGGAGCUGAACCAGGUGAUGGAGCAGCUCGGGGACGCGCGCAUCGACCGCCAGGAGAGCAGCCGGCAGCAGCGCAAGGCCGAGAUCAUGGACAGCAUCAAACGCCUCUACCCCGGCUCCGUGUACGGCCGCCUGAUCGACCUGUGCCAGCCCACGCAGAAGAAGUACCAGAUCGCGGUGACGAAGGUUCUGGGGAAGAACAUGGACGCCAUCAUCGUGGACUCGGAGAAGACGGGCCGGGACUGCAUCCAGUACAUCAAAGAGCAGCGGGGCGAGCCCGAGACCUUCCUGCCGCUGGAGGGAUUUCAGGUCAAACCCACAGAUGAGAAGCUGCGGGAGCUGCGUGGGGCCAAGCUGGUGAUCGAUGUGAUCCGUUACGAGCCGCCCCACAUCAAGAAGGCGCUGCAGUUCGCCUGCGGGAACGCGCUGGUCUGCGACAACGUGGAGGACGCCCGCAGGAUCGCCUUCGGGGGCCACCAGAGGCACAAGACGGUGGCCCUGGACGGGACCCUGUUCCAGAAGUCGGGGGUGAUUACGGUGGCCCUGGACGGGACGCUGUUCCAGAAGUCAGGGGAGCAGAUGAAGGCCAAGCGCAAGGAGGCCGAGCUGCGCCAGGUGCAGUCGCAGGCACACGGACUCCAAAUGCGCCUGAAAUACUCCCAGAGCGACCUGGAGCAGACCAAGACCCGACACCUGGCCCUCAACCUCCAGAGCGACCUGGAGCAGACCAAGACCCGGCACCUGGCCCUCAACCUCCAGAGCGACCUGGAGCAGACCAAGACCCGGCACCUGGCCCUCAACCUCCAGGAGAAGUCCAAGCUGGAGAGCGAAUUGGCCAAUUUUGGGCCACGRAUCAACGACAUCAAACGGAUCAUCCAGGGCCGGGAGCGGGAAAUGAAGGACCUGAAGGAAAAAAUGAACCAGGAGCAGGAGAAGGUGCUGGGCUGGGAGCAGGGCGUGCGCAAGGACGAGGCCGAGAUCGAGAAACUCAAAAAGGAGGAGCAGCGGCACAUGAAGAUCAUCGACGAGACGAUGGCACAGCUGCAGGACCUCAAGAACCAACACCUGGCCAAGAAAUCGGAGGUGAACGACAAAAACCACGAGAUGGACGAGAUCCGCAAGAAACUGGGCGGGGCCAACAAGGAGAUGACACACCUGCAGAAGGAGGUGACGGCCAUCGAGACCAAGCUGGAGCAGAAGCGCAGUGACCGCCACAACCUCCUGCAGGCCUGCAAG